GGUAUCCAGUCUGCUGCCGAAGAAGUUUAGUGAACAUGUUGGUCGAGUUUACUACACAAAAAACUCUGCUGAGGAGGAGAUGGAUGCUAAGGAGUGCUUUAAAUGGUGGCGCCUUGGCAAGUGUGUAAUUGAGCUAUACGAUCAGCAUGCGUUUAAAGGUACCAAGUGUGUGAUCACAGGGAACUGUCCGUCAUUGGACCGCUGCAGUAUAACAGAGGUUCGCUCCUGUAAGGUAAUCCGAGGCGUCUGGAAGCUCUGGAAGGGUCGUGGCUACAAUGGAGAUGAUUACCUACUGAAGGUGGGAGAGUAUCCCGAUCAUAAGGCAUUGAGCGAUUGCAAAUCCACUGCUUCUGCUCCUGCUCCAGCUCCUGUUUCUGAUCCUGCUUGGUCUCUCAAAUGUCUGCCAUUUACGAUCCACCUCUAUGAAAAGGUGAAUUUUGAAGGCCCAAACUUUGAGACAACAGUUGACCACCGUUCAUUGGAUGGCUGUGGUAUAAAGGAGGUCCGCUCCUGUAAGGUGCUCAGUGGUGUCUGGGAUCUCUAUGAGGGUCCUGACUAUGCUGAACCCCGUUACCAACUACAGAAGGGGGAGUAUCCCAAUCCUGAGGCCUGGGGCAAUGGCAACACUGCUCCUGUUCUGUCUGUUAAACGUGCGACCUCUUAUAAGAUCCAGCUCUAUGAAAAGGAAGAUUUUGAAGAGGGAAUGCAUGAGACAACAGUUGACCACCGUUCAUUGGAUGGCUGUGGUAUAAAGGAGGUCCGCUCCUGUAAGGUGCUCAGUGGUGUCUGGGAUCUCUAUGAGGGUCCUGACUAUGCUGAACCCUGUUACCAACUGCAGGAGGGGGAAUAUCCAUCCAUCUUUUGCCCUCAUUUAUCUUUAACUGCUCCUGCUCUGUCUGUUAAACGUGUGACAGAGUAA